AUGGACGAAUUAGAAAUUUACGAGCAUGAGAGACUCGCAGCCGGCGGGAUGGGCCCGGAGGAAGGGGGCGGAGGGAGGUCGGAAUCGCGGGUGCGGGAGUAUGGAUGGCGGCGAUUGGAUGGAGAUUUGGGGAAGAUGAUGAUGACUGAUGAGGAUCGGUGGAGAGCGUUUUCUAUCCUCCCCAUUUCGAGCUCUGCGGACACGGGACAUGGCGACUCCCGACAUCCAAACUCCACCGCGAUUGGCCGUCGCCGCCGCUCCACCAUUCCAACAUUUAUCCGGCCACUACGCGUCCUCUUCAUCUACACCCCUAUUGUCUAUUCGGUAGCUCACACCACCACCAGCACCACCGCAAAGGGCAGCUCAGCUUUAACCCUCGCCGGAGCUGCGCUUGUCCUCGCCUCACUACUGAUUCAUUUGACAAGAGAAGACUUCUGGCAUUUACUGACUGAUAUGCGUGGUUGCUAUUAUGCCUUCGCCAUCUUGGAUUUCUUGAUUAUUUGGGGCUUCCUAGGAAGUAGGAAGAAUGCUCUGGUAGUAGCUUCUUCUAAUACAGGAAGAGUCAGCUUGGGAGUAGCAGAUAUGUUUAUAUUGACGAAGACAGGAGAAAUCCCUGCUGUAGACCUAUCACCUGCAGCGUUUGCUCUAAUGAAGGAUCAUGGGAAUGUAAGAGCUUUGCUCACAAUGGGGCAGGCGCUAUUACAAAACAACCAAUUUGCUGAGGCUGCUCUCCUUGAGGCUGGCUAUCCUACAGAAACUGAACAAGUUAAUCUUUUAAUUCAUUCAUCUAUAUGGGCUGUUAUUGCAAAUGUGCGCCAGCCACUGAAGAUGAAUGAAAAUGACGAGGAUCCUAAUUUCCCACGAAUUGCUUGUUAUAACAUGUGUUCUGUCUUCAUCCUCUUACAGCAGAAUAGAUUUCCUUUUCACCUCGGAAUAUUCCUAGUAGCACCCAUCGCAUUGGAGAGUGUGAAUGAAGAUUUUGAAGUAGGAAAAGGUGGAGAGGGUCUUCUGCACCUGGAAAGAAUAGCUCAACUAGAAGAGCCUGAACAUCCCAAGAGCAAGGCUCACUACAAUGAAGGUCUACUUGUCCUAUCAGGGGUGCAGUUAGAUUGCUGGUACAAGGCCAUUGUCUAUGAUCCUGCGUACAGUAUGUAUCUCGAAAAAUUCGAAUGUGAUCCAAACAAUAUUGCCAGUGAUCUCGUGAUCAACAGGGGAGAGUUAUGA